AUGGGAUUGUGGGCGACGAAAGCCGGCAUGACGCAGAUCUUCACCCCUGAGGGCUUGUGUCUGCCAGCUACUGUUCUUGCAUUGGAGGAGGGCAACAUCGUCACCCAGGUGAAGACCGAGGCUACGGAUGGAUACAGCGCCGUGCAGGUUGGCUAUCGGGUUGUGAAGGAAAGGAAGAUCACAAAGCCUGAACUCAACCACCUGAAGAAGUCCGGCGCACCUCCUAUGAAGAACCUCAGGGAAUACAGGUUGAAGUCGGUGGAGGGCUAUGAGCCAGGUCAGCAGCUGAAUGUUGAGGAGGUCUUCAAGGUUGGGGACAUAGUGGAUGUGGCGGGCACUUCCAUUGGAAAGGGAUUCCAAGGUGCAAUCAAAAGGUGGAACCACCACAGAGGAAGCAUGACCCACGGAUCCAAGUCCAAGAGGCAACAUGGGUCUAUUGGAUCGUCAGCCACACCCAGUCGUGUGUUCCCUGGGUUAAAAAUGGCUGGGCAGAUGGGCAAUGAGCGGAAAACUAUCAAGGCCCUCGAGGUGCUCAUGAUUGAUCUUGAGAAGGGAGCGAUCGUGGUGAAGGGAUCUGUCCCAGGCAAGCCAGGAUCUGUCCUGGAGAUCACCCCCAACAAGGUGGUCGGCAAGAACUGCUGAUGAGGGCGGCCUGUUUGGUGCGCGGGCAGAUGGAGCAAUGCUGUCAGUGUGGUCUGCUGGUCCAUUUGUAGCUGCUGUUCAACCGCAGGAAACGCAUGUACAUCUACAAAAUUUGCACUUGACAGAUCCUAGACGAGCCAUUGCAGUGAAAGCACUGGUAAAGAUGAAUCGUAUUUUCUGAGAUGGUCAUACUGUUAUGACGAGGCUGGAAGGUUAGGCCUUGAACUGGAAGUGACUGGAGGUACUGAUGUCACUGAUUGCUGAUGAAGUGGAUCCCUUAUUAGGCUUGUAAUGACAUCAUGUGG